AUGGCACACACGAACCUCCAGCACCGAAGAACACACAACCUACUCUUGAUCUCCAAACUUCUCUCGCAACAGUCUCAGACUUCACCCUUUACGCUUGUGCUCGACACGUUGGAGCAGCCGGCCUGGCCGUUACUACGGGAAUACCUGCGUCGGGCCCAGCUCUCGAAACUGGUGACGACGGUGUUCCUGGCAUUUGAGACGGUGGUGAAGCCCGAGAAUGUCGAUUAUUUCCUGCCUAGGCACGAUGUGGCCGAGAGGACAUCCGCAUGGCAGAAGGACAUCACGCGAGAAUUUGCCGAUAUCUUGAAACGAAGUUCUGGGAAGAGAGUUCUUGUGAUCGUGGAUUCGAUGACAACCUUGGCCUCGCUUUCAACAGACCCGGCAUGUCAUCUCAAUUUGACGGCAUUUCUCUCGUCGCUUCUUCAGCCACCGGCCAUACAGUCAAGCAGCGCUGAACAGGAGCAAGCGCCUCAGGUCUCGUUGGUCACGGUCUAUCAUACCGAUGUCCCUCUGCCUUCUCCGCAUUCGUAUUCAAGUGCUGGACCCCAGCACGGGUACAGUCCGUCACCGCUCUCGCUUCUGUCUUACCUCGCGACAACCGUCAUAACUGUCCACUCACUGGCCAUCCUACUGGCUGAGAGGGCCGCGCUGGCAAAAUCGCUUGCCGCACCGUCGUUUGGUCUGUCUGGGGAGAUUGAGGGUGUGAUAAUUGGGCUGAAGCCAAAACCAUUGGCAGAUAUGAUGCCCGGUGAGAAAGGAAUCGUGUUGGAACUGGAGCAUCGGAGGAAGAGUGGACGGGGCGUAAAUGAGUGGUUCUUUUUGCCAACAACGGCAGCGACAGCCGCAAGGGCAGGCGGAGCCCCGGCAUUUCGGGAAACCGUCAUUUUGUUGGAUGAUCAUCCCCAGUUCCGCAGGCCGAAGGAAGAGGCGGCAGACGGUGAUCAAGAGUUGUCAGGUAUGACCUUUGAGCUAGGGUUGACGGAGAGGCAGCGCUUGGAGCGCGAGGGCGUGGUAUUGCCAUACUUCGAUGCUCAAAAGGCGGGUGGCGGAGGUGAGGGUGGGAGGAUUUUGUAUGACAUGGGUGUCGAAGACGACUUCGAUGAGGAAGAGGAUGAGAUCUGA